AUGGUGAACCUUAAGUUGCUUGAUUUGGUUGAUAAUAAGUUUACAGGUUCGAUUCCGAAUAAUCUUCCUGCCUGUCCAUUGUUGAAGACCAUAGAUCUUGGUGGAAAUAAUCUAACAGGGCAAAUAUCGGAAACAUUUAAAAACUUUAAUUCAUUGUGUUAUCUUUCUUUAUCAAUGUGCAGCUUGAAUAAUUUAUCUGGAUCACUACAAAUUCUACAUAUGUGCCCAAAUCUUAUGACUCUGGUCCUUAGCCGAAGCUUUGACACCGAAGAAAUCUUUCACUUAUUUCCGAAUUUGAGUUACUUUGAUGCGCAUUCGAAUAAUCUUGAUGGGAGGAUGCCCUUUUCGCUUGUGAAUUCUCGCAGCAUUUCGUCGUUGGUAUUGAGAAACAAUUCGUUUUCUGGUUUGAUUGAUUUGAAUUGCUCGGCGAAGGUGAACCUUAAGUUGCUUGAUUUGGUUGAUAAUAAGUUUACAGGGCAAAUACCGGAAACAUUUAAAAACUUUAAUUCAUUGUGUUAUCUUUCUUUAUCAAUGUGCAACUUGAAUAACUUAUCUGGAUCGCUACAAAUUCUACAUACGUGCCCAAAUCUUACGACUCUGGUCCUUAGCCGAAGCUUUGACAGUGAAGAAAUGUCGUCUGAUGCUAAACUACAGUUCAAAAAGCUCAAAACUCUAGUGAUUCCUAGUUGCAAGCUCACGGGUAGGACACCCGUUUGGUUAAACGGGUUAACCAAACUCAGGAUACUGGACUUGUCAUGGAACGAGUUGACCGGAAGUAUCCCACCCUUUUUAGGAAGUUUUGGAGAGAUGGAGAUCGCCGGAGAUGAAGAUUGCCGGAGAAGAAGAUCACCGGAGAUGAAGAUCGCCGGAGAUGUGGAGGAGCGGUGUGGGAAGGUGGGGGGCAAGAGUGCUAGGAGUCUCAAAUGUAUAGGGGGUUGUAAUGUGUAA